UCUCAUGUACUGGAACUUUGAUUCAGGCUGCAUCUGCAUUCACCAUUACAAGGUUGAUGUAAUAAAAACAUGAAGAACAAAAAUGUUCUUGACAAAAUUUUGAAAAUAUGGAAAUUCAGACAAAUUGAUCAGGAAGUGAAUUUUUAUAGGCUCUGUAGUUAUCCAUCAAUUUGUUGUGUAUAUGCAAAUUCAUGAGGCGAUUAACCAUUUAUAUGGUUUCAGUCAUAACAGUCAUAACUACAACGUGGCCCGCGACAAAAAGGAGUUUCCAUUUCAAGAUAUAAACCUAUUGGUAGACGUCAGGGUUCUUCAUAUGUCACACUACACGGAAGAAAAAAAUCAAACGUUAGACUUUUCAUUUUGGCUUUGUAGGGCCAAAUCGUUGGUCGUGGAUUAUGUCACACAACAAGGAGUUUUAUCAUUCCUGACAAAAUAUGUCGGGCGCGAUCUGGGAAAUCAGCCACAUUAGCAAAUCGGGCCAAUAAUGGGUCGAAAAUCUUAUAGUGUGAUCCAGGCACAAGGUGCACACAGGAUUGUGUGUUGUAUAAACUAAUGCACUCAAAUAUAGAAAUACUAAUGCAGUGUCCAAAAUUAAUUUAUUGACUCAACGGCCAAAUUGCCCAGUCUUCUUUUCCCUUCAGCUUGUCCUGUUAGGGGUCGCCACAGCAUGACAUCCUUUUCCAUGAAAGUAUAUCUCCUGCAUCUUCCUCUCUAACGCCAACUGCCCUCAUGUCUUCUUUCACGACAUACAGUAUAUUAACCUUCUCUUUGGACUUCCUCGCUCUCUCUUGCCUGGCAGCUUCAUCCUCAUCAUCAUCCAAUAGGACUCACUAUCUCUCCUCUGAACGUGUCUUGUGUGCUCUCUCUAACUUUGUCUCCAAAACAUCUAACCAUGGCUGUCGCUCUGAUGAGCUCAUUUUUAAUCCUCUCCAACCUGGUCACUCCUACAGAGAACCUCAAAAUAUUCAUUUCCGCCACCUCCAGCUCUGUUUCCUGUUGUCUCUUCAGUGCUACUGUCUCUAAUCCAUACAUCAUGGCUGGCCUCACCAUUGUCUUAUAAACUUUGACCUUCAUCCUAGCAGAAACUCUUCUGUCAAAGAACACACCUGACACCUUCCUCCAACCGUUUCAACCUGCUUGGACCCGUUUCUUCAUUUCAGAAUCAGAAUCAUCUUUAUUUGCCAAGUAUGUCCAAAAAACACACAAGGAAUUUGUCUCCGGUAGUUGGAGCCGCUCUAGUAUGACAACAGACAGUAAAUUGACAGAGAACACUUUUGAGACAUAAAGACAUUGACAAAAAUAGUUGUGAAAGUGACCUUUUCAAAUCUGCAGUAGAAGGUAUUCAAGUUGUUGGCCAGUGUCCUAUUGUUCUCAGCUUGGGGGGAUCGUCGCUUGUAAUUUGUCAGCGAUUGUAAUGCAUGCCAGACUGAUUUUGAGUUGUUAGCGCUAAACUGUUUUUCCAACUUUGCUGCUUAGUUCCUCUUUGCCAUGUUAAUUUCUUUAGUCAGCUGGUUUCUAGCUCUAUUAUACAUGGACCCUGUCCCCACUUUGAUAUGCAUCCUCCUUAGCUUGGUGAUGUUGCUUAAAUUUGGCAGUGAACCACGGCUUGUUGUUGUUGAAUGUGCGAAAUUACUUUGUUGGUACACACACCUCUUCACAGAAACUGAUAUAGGAUGUGACAGUGUCCGUAUAGUCAUCCAGGCUGCCAGCUAAAUUUUCAAAGACACUCCAGUCUGUGCAGUCUAAACAGCUUUGAAGUUCCAUCUUUGGUUCAUUGGUCCACUUUUUCACUCUUUUCACUGUAGGCUUUGCACAUUUAAGUUCUUGCCUGUAUGUCGUAUUAAGUGAAUUCAGCAGUGAUCAGACAAGCCCAGGGCUGAACGAGGUUUGGCACGGUAUGUGUUAUUUAGCGUAGUAUAGCAGUGGUCUAAAAUGUUAUUUUUCCUGGUAAGACAGUCGAGUUGCUGCUUGUAUUUAGGGAGUUCGUGGUUGAGUUUAGCUUUGUUAAAGUCUCCGAGAAUAAUGAGGGGUGAGUCAGAGUGGUGAGCAUUAGCAGUGUGGCGUUCAUGUUAGCUUGAGGCAGAAUGUAGACACCGGUGAGAAUGAAUGAUGCGAACUCACGAGGCGAGUCGAAUGGCUGACAGUUAAAAACCAGCGACUCCAAAUGGGGGCUGCAGUGUGUGCUGAGCUCUGUGACGUCUGUACACCAUUUUUCGUCGAUAUAAAAGCAUAUCCCGCCGCAUUUUGUUUUCCCCGAUGAUUCUAUGUCGCAGUCUACCUGGUGAAGAUGGAAGGCGGGAAGCAUGAGGGUGCCGUCGGGUACAGCCUCACAAAGCCAAGAGUCUGUAAAGCACAUGGCGGCGGAACCUCCGAAGUUUUUAUUGGUCUUUAUCAGAAGAUGAAGCUCGUCCAUUUUUUUGGGUAGGGAGCAUAGAUUCGCGAGGUGGAUCGACGGAAACGCCAAUCUGUAUCCUCUCUUGCGUAGCUUCACCUGGAUGCCGGCUCGCUUCCUCUGUGGCGUCGCCUCCGCCUCCAUGCGCCAAAGACAGCGGUCGCUGCUCCGGUGAGUAACUCAGGGAAAAAACUGAGCGGAUUUGAGAAAGUUGGUGAAAGAAAGUCGAGAGUAGCCUCCUUGAUGGUUAGCCAGUCUCCCCUUGUGUAAGUGAGUAGUUUAAUGUCUCCAAAGACGAACGAAAUACACAAAAACAAAAACAAUACUAGAGAGCACGUAACCGAGGCGUCCACACAGGUAGGCGCCAUCUUAACGGUGCUUGCUCUGGACUGUUGACCCCAAGUAUUCAAAGUCCUCCACCUUCGCUAUCUCUUCUCCCUGGAGCCUUACUCUUCCCCCUCCUCCCCUCUCAUUAAUGCACAUAAAGGUAUAUUCUGUUUUUGGCUAAUCUUCAUUCCUCUCCUUUCCAGUUAAUGCCUCCACCUUUCUAACUGUUCCUCCACCUGCUCUCUGCUUUCACUGCAGAUCACAAUGUCAUCUGCGAACAUCAUGGUUCACGGGCGUUCUAGUCUAACCUAAUCUGUCAGCCUACCCAUCACCACUGCAAACAGGAAGGGGCUCAGGGCUGAUUCCUGAUGCAGUCCCACCUCCACCAUAAACUCUAGUCUGUCACACCUACAGCACACGUCACCACUGUUCUGCUGCCCUCAUACAUGUCCUGUACUAUUCCAACAUACUUCUCUGCCACUCCAGACUUGCACAUGCAGUACAAAGGUUCCUCUCUGGGUACUCUGUCAUAGGCUUCCGCUAGGUCAUGAGUGUCAAACUCAAGGCCCGGAGGCCAGAUGCGCCCCGCCACAUCAUUUUAUGUGGCCCGCGAAAGCAAAUCAUGCUCGUCAACUUCUGUGAUUUUUGCUAAAAUCUGUCCAAAUUCCAAAUUCUCAUAAUAAUAAACAAUAAUGUUGAGAUGCAUUUUUCUGUUACCAAACCCUUCUUAUACAGUAACUUAAACAAUACUUGUCUUCUGAUUUCAAAACUAGUUAUCCCUUAAUUUGUUGCGUUAUCGUAAUAAUACGAUUUGGUGAUUAAACAUUUCAGUAUUCUAACGGCCCUCUGAGGGAAAUCAUAACUACAAUGCGGCCCGAGACAAAAAAGAUUUUGCCCCCCCUGCUCUAGAUCUACAAAGAGAAAAUGUAGCUCCUUCUAACCUUCUCUGUACUUCUCCAUUAACAACCUCAAGGCAAAUAAUGCGUCUGUGGUACUCUUUCUCGGCAUGAAACCAUACUGUUGCUCGCAAAUAGUCACUUCUGUCCUAAGUCUAGCCUCCACUACUCUUUGCCUUAACUUCAUUGUGUGGCUUAUCAACUUUCUUCCUCUAUAGUUCCCACAGCUCUGCACAUCACCCUUUUUUUUUUUGUCCUGUUUGGCUGUUAGGUGAAGCAGAAUGGAAAAUCUGUAUCCCUUUUAUGCUGGAACAGUGUUACUGUGUCACAGUGGAGUUUUUAAGCUUCUGCUGUGGUAUUAUAAUUGAGGUUUAUUCAGAAUCAGACUUGAUCAGUCGAACAGAACAAAGUUUCUGGAAAGGAGAGAGAAACAAAGACAAAAGACAAAGCACUAAUUGUAAACAGGAUGAGAGAAGUAAAUCAUUACAUUAUCUACAACAAUGAAACAUUAAAUAUGAGUGUUGCAUGGGGUUAUAGUGCACACACCCUGUGAGGGAAGGACAGGACAAGAUAGAACUGGACAAGGACAGGAGAAGAAGCAUGCAGGACAAGGGCCGUGAACCCGGCUGUACAACUGAAGUGUGGUGACAUUAAUUAUGUAAAUUAUAAAAGUCUACAGGACGAGAGUAUAAGUGAGGGGAUACACAAGCGGUUUGCAUUUUCAUGAGUUAUUUGUUGCAGUAAGUGCGUGACCCCACACCCAGUGUAAGAGUCCUAGGGUUGUGUGCCUGUGGAUACAUGCAAGUAAAUUGAUACCGUUUUACAUGCACAAAGACUGACAGAAGUGUCCUGUAAUUGCUGUGGCCGCACCGCGGCAGCUGAGGACCCCACCCAAUCAAUUGAGGGGCGGGAUCGGGCCCAGGGGUACACUCGAGAGCAGCCCGGCGGACAGGACACGUCCCACACCGAGGAACCCAGGGCGGUCCAUCGGCCCCACCUAGGCGGUCCAACAAUCGCGGGCGCCGCAGGGACCCAAUGCCAUCCCUCCAGCUAACCACCACACCCACCGCCAUACACGCCCCGCCACCACACCUCCCCUCCACCCCCAGGAAAGACAGACGCCCCCCCAACCCCUAGGGCUUGCGAUGCAGCCAGUCCUCGCCCAGCCCGAGGGCGGGAGAGUGUCCCUUGUUUGUUGGAAAGGAGGGCAGAUAGGGGCACCCGACAAGGGAAUGAUAAGGGUGGGGGGAACCCAAGGAGCAGCCGCGGGCCAUGAGAGGUCAGCCCCAACACCAAACAGUCAUCCAGCCCGGGGGGCCCGGCCUCAGGAGCACCGCCAUGCAAGUAUAUUUCUGUAUUCAUGGACCACAAAGGAGAACCUAUGGAAGGAGUCAUGGGCCUGGAGGAACUGCCACAGAUGGAUGGAACAUGUGAUGCAUGUGAACCUGACGAGGCUCAACUUGCUACGCAAUUAUGCCACACCUGCAGCUUUGCCUUCUGCUGUUUGCAUGGUGACAGACAUGCCUCCAGUACACAUCACCCGCUAAUGCCCUAUAAACAUGAUGGGACGCAUGCUAAUGGAGUUAACUCAAACACAUACUCUGUAUUUGGAAGUGGGGCCAAAGAGGAGACGUUGAUGGGGUUACUGAAUGAACAGGACAUGGCUCUGAGGCAAGCAGCGCUUGGAGAUGAGAGUGGUGAUGAUAUGAAUGGCCAUGAAUCCAAGAAUCGCCCAGAGUUAGGAGCUGAGGUUUCAGAAGAUGGGCAGGAGAACAUGGCUGCUAUAGAGGCAGUGAAGAGGGACACUGUGACAGUAGCUAGGCUACGUUGCCUGGAGCAUGGGCAGGAUGGAUCCCUCUACUGUAAACCAGAUGAAAAGAUAAUCUGUGUUGUGUGUGCUGUGCAGGGUGAGCACCAGGGACAUGAAAUUAUCACCCUGCAUGAUGCUUACAUCUGGCAGAAGAAUAGACACUGUUGUGACCUGCUAGACUGUACACGACAGAUGGAAGAAAAGAUCUCAAACAAGUGGACAAAUCCAGAGAUGUCUGCAGUGGAACUGGAGGCGUAUGUGAGCCGUCAGUUCGAUGCACUUCGCAGAUUGGUACAUCUGGAAGAAAAGAGGACCCUACACCUUGUAGAUCUCAAAGAGGCGUCCCUAUUAGCAUCUGCUGCCGAGAAAAUUGCGGAGAUCAAUGUUCAAACUGAGCGUCUCCAGGAAGAAAUGGCCAGCAUUACACAGCAGCUUUGCUUGUUGGACAAGGAAACAAUUGGUCCUUCACUGGCAGCAAAGGCCCUCGCAGAAGCCUCAGGACCAAGUCAUAAAUUACCGAAUGACUUUGAGCCCAGACCAAGGCUACCAGUGCCAAGGGCAGACCCGGUGGACCCGCAGGACUAUGAAGUCGGUGGUUCUGGACCUUCCAUGGACCACGCCCAUGCCCCAUAAUAGUAGCCUUUCUGUUCAUUAACUUGUGCUUCAACCCACUCUCAGACUCAUUGUGCUCUUAAGUGUCCCUCCUCCUCAAAUGGCAGUGAAGUGACCUUGAAGUCACGUGACAGCUCAAGGGGGAACAACUUUUCCCCUCUCGAACAUUUACAUUUUUUUUCAACCAUUAAUUUCGCUUAAUGGAAACACUGCAGUUCUCUGCAAUCGAUUACAAUCUGGCCCAAUUUCCACUGCCAGCUGGAUCCAGGGCUUGCUAGUGUGCCUACGGACUCAGAGAUGGAGAUUGGGUACGUUAAGCUCAGCAGAUGUCAGAAAUUGGACAUUUCUUCAAUACUAGGAUUUUUUUACUUUCUGUUUUUCUAUUUUUAGGACAGGAGUGUUGAAAGCUUUUUUUGUAUUUGGUUGUGUUAUGAAGGACAUCAAACUACUUUUUAUACUCUUGUCUCUUCCGCUUCUCAUCAUCCUGGUACCCCUAUAGUCAGGUUUACAUGGAGCUAGAGCUGCAUGAUUAUAGCCAAAAUGCUCAUCAUAAUUAUUUUGAUCAAUAUUGUAAUCACGAUUAUUCCUCAAGGGAAAACGUCUGUAUUUUUAUUGCACUACUUCUCAUCAAACAAUAUGUAAACAGUUUUCAGUGCAAAAUGAGACUUUAAGAAUAAAUAACUCAUCAUAAAAAAAAUUACAUUUUCCCAAGAAUUAACAUUUUUCCAAGAGCUAACUGAAUAAAUACGCUAUUACAGAGUACAAACAGAGGUACGACUCACUGGAAACAAAUAGUCUAUACUUAAAAGGUGAUAACAAUUGGCUUCGAGCACCAACUUUUCGUGUGAAAAUCCCCGUCAAUAUAGUGAAUUAUUAAGGACAGGUAGAGCUCCUUUGUUCUUAAGUGAAUUUAAUCGUCGCAGCCAAAAUUGGGAUCACGAUUGAAAUUUGAUUAAUUGUGCAGUCCUAAAUGGAGAUUUAUAUUCUGAUUAGAAUUUGAUUAGAAGCCCAAACCGAAUAAAAAUGCUCCAUAUAAACACCUCAAUCGGCGUAAACAGGCCGAAUCCCAAUGGAAUUUCAUUCGAUUCACAGGGGGAGGAAUAUUCCUUUUGCCAAACCGUUAAGAAGUACAUUUUCGUCAUGUAAACCGUGAAUCGUAAUGGUGCCGAGCUGUCUCAUGCCUUCGCAUGCUCUGUUAUGACAUAAAUGGGCCAUGACGUCAUCGUUUAUGCAUUAAAAAAUGUGGUUUCCAACCAGA